UGGCCAGUAACAUUCUUCAUUGGAUAAUAGCUUCCCAUCCUCAGACAUGACUGUGACUAGCUGUGUUGUAGACGAUGUUUUCCUAGAAACUCCAAUCUGUUCAUGAACAAGAUUCCAAAAUGGUACCUUCAAACGUCCUAGCUGCUACGUUGAUCCUCCUAAUCGGCAGCAAUGUAUCAGCAAAAAAUAUGGCUUUAGAAACAAAUGACGUCACAGAUCACUUCCUAUCUACAACCAUCGACUGGGUGUUUGAUUUGUUCCUGAGACACUACACUAGCAAACUAAUAGAACAAAACAAGACACAAAUUGAAAUACAAGGUUUUGAGAGGGGGUUUUCAACGAAAAUACUAUCAUUACGGAUAGAGGGUGUUAUAAAAGUCGAGGACGGCAUUGCCGGCAACCUUUCAACUCUUCAUAGAACUGGCGAUGCUGAAAUGAACCGGGUCAAUUCAAUCUUGUACUUAUCUGCUCAUCUAGGACUGAAUGAUUUGCAAAUUGACUUCGACAAUUAUGACAUUUCGCUUCUCGGGGCUCAUCAAAAGGGACGAAUCCACGCUACUGUUGGAACAAACUCUUUGUUUUUAAAGAUGAAGGUGCAAGUAGAGCCUGAGUGUGCCGUCUUGCUGGAGGAAUUAAGAAUUGAAAAACUUGAAGACAUCGAGGUUGACAUCACAAAUCUUGGGAUCUUUGAGAAUCUGACUGACGAAAUUACCUCUUGGGUGAUAAACGAAGUAACAAAGUUUUACAGAUCUUAUGUAGAAGAGAAGUUGUUCCCAGAGCUAGCUGCUGUGGUAAAGGAAGCCGACUUGUGCCACUACAUUCCUCACUAGACGACUAGCAGUGUGUGUUUGUGGAGAAGAGAUCAAAAUAGCAGUGGGAAGAAAAGAUCUCGAGAUAAGUAGUAAUCUUUUUCUACAUCCAAAUAGAAAGGGGGAGAGUUAGACUGUAAAUUUGAUUACCAACUUCCGCAUCAAGGAUUACAUACAAAUAAUUUUGUCUGAACAACAUCAAACAGUAUUAAAGAAACCAAAUACUUGUAGCAUAAUUCUUUAAAACAAUAAAGCUAGCUAGUUACUCAAAUUUGCAUUAAGGUGGACAACUCAAACAUUGUUAAUAAUUUUCUUAAUAUUUAUUUUAAACACAAUGUUCAUACCAUCAUAUACUUGUUUUGUCGUAAAAACAAGUACUUACAUGCUUGUCGUAAAAAUGUAAUUGAUAUUUUGACAGUUUAAGCCAUCAGCUAUGAUUAUUGCCAUUUUGAUGUUUAAAUGCAAUGUUUCAUAGCAGCUCAUAAUCAAUUUGACUUGGGUGUAGUAAUUAGUUAAUUCGUAAUAAAGUUUGUAAAUAGUUAA